UUAAAGGGAGAUGGCAUCACAAAAAAGACAACUGAUCUCCUCUGGCAGCAGCACAGUUGCAAAUCAUCAUUUGGUGCUCAAAAGUACAGAAACUGGUGAGCAUAGCUCUGAAAACUCUGACACAUGCUUUGCUUUCAAGGCUCAGUGGUUUUCAGGCAGAAGGGAUAUGCCUGUGGUGGUCUCGGCGCGAACAUAUUGUGCAGCUUCCAAAUGACUCAGCGCUGUUCCACCAGCAGUGAGGGAGAACCAGAAUUGCUAUAAUCAUCCAGCAGAGGAUCAGCUUUCAAGACACAAUCUGUUUCUUUUCUCAUUUACCAAACGGCAUGUAAUAGGACUGAACAUAGAGAAGGGAGGAGGAAAAAUAGCAGAACGGAACAAUUCUUGGCAUUAUUGCAAAACUGGAUUUCUUUGACUUCUGAAAGAACAGGAAAAAAAAACCCUAUGCCUUAAUUUCUGGAACCCUAGUAACUGUUUAAAUGUCACUGAUAGUUGGCCAGAUACAUUUUGCCAUAUUAUCAACAUUAUUCAUUUCUUCAGAUAAGACUGGUGGAUAAGACCUGAAGUCUACCUGGCAGAGCAAAACUUCCUCGGGCUGUAGAACUGUGCAAGGAAAUAAGAGUGUGAAGAUGUGGAAACAGGAGUCCAUCUUGAUCCUGCUAUUAAGGAAGUUCAGUACAAUCCUACUUAUGAGACCAUGUUUGCACCUGAGUUUGGACCAGAAAACCCAUUUAGGACUCAGCAAAUGGCUGCACCUAGAAAUAUGCUCUCUGGAUAUGCAGAGCCAGCUCACAUCAAUGAUUUCAUGUUUGAGCAACAACGAAGGACAUUUGUCACCUAUGGUUAUGCAUUAGACCCCUCUAUAGACAACCCUGAAGUUGCUACCAAGUAUAUUGGCUCUGUAGAAGAAGCUGAAAAAAAUCAAGGUCUAACAGUGUUUGAAACAGGACAAAAGAAAAUUGAAAAAAGGAAGAAAUUCAAGGAGAAUGAUGCAUCUAACAUUGAUGGUUUCCUGGGACCGUGGGCAAAGUAUGUUGAUGAAAAAGAAGUAGCCAAGCCUUCAGAAGAAGAACAGAAGGAGUUGGAUGAAAUAACAGCUAAGAGGCAGAAGAGAGGAAAACUAGAAGAUGAUAAACCUGGAGAGGAGAAGACUAUAUUACAUGUUAAGGAAAUGUAUGACUAUCAGGGGAGAUCUUACCUUCAUGUUCCUCAAGAUGUUGGUGUUAAUCUCCGUUCUACAAUGCCACCUGAGAAAUGCUAUCUUCCAAAGAAACAAAUCCAUGUAUGGUCUGGACAUACAAAGGGAGUCAGUGCAGUUAGGUUGUUUCCUCUGUCUGGGCAUAUGCUGCUGUCUUGCUCUAUGGAUUGCAAAAUUAAGCUUUGGGAAGUAUAUGGUGAUAGAAGAUGUCUACGGACGUUUAUUGGACAUGGGAAAGCCGUUCGAGACAUCUGUUUUAACAACGCUGGCACUCGAUUUCUUAGCGCUGCAUACGACCGCUACAUUAAACUGUGGGACACUGAAACAGGACAGUGUAUUUCAAGAUUCACAAACAGGAAGGUUCCUUAUUGUGUCAAGUUCAAUCCUGAUGAAGAUAAACAAAAUCUCUUUGUUGCAGGAAUGUCAGAUAAGAAAAUUGUGCAAUGGGAUAUUCGGAGUGGUGAGAUUGUGCAGGAAUAUGAUAGACAUUUGGGAGCUGUCAACACCAUUGUGUUUGUGGAUGAAAAUAGAAGAUUUGUGAGUACAUCCGAUGACAAAAGUUUAAGAGUCUGGGAAUGGGACAUUCCUGUAGACUUCAAGUAUAUUGCUGAGCCAAGUAUGCAUUCGAUGCCAGCCGUGACUUUGUCUCCAAAUGGGAAAUGGUUGGCUUGCCAGUCAAUGGAUAACCAAAUUCUGAUUUUUGGAGCUCAGAACAGAUUCAGAUUAAACAAAAAGAAAAUCUUCAAAGGUCACAUGGUAGCUGGCUACGCUUGUCAAGUGGAUUUUUCACCUGAUAUGAGCUAUGUGAUAUCUGGAGAUGCAGAUGGAAAGCUUAACAUCUGGGACUGGAAGACCACAAAACUUUACAGCAGAAUAAAAGCACAUGAUAAAGUCUGCAUCGGCGCAGUCUGGCAUCCUCACGAAACAUCCAAAGUCAUUACGUGCGGCUGGGAUGGUCUCAUUAAACUGUGGGACUAAAGAGGCUGCUGCGAGGAUCUGAAGUUGUAAGCCCUGAGAUGUGAAGUUGGAGUGAAUUCUGCUGUAAGGACGGGCAGACAUUUUGUGAUAUAGCUGUUGGCAGCUGGCUGUAUAUAUGCUCUGAAAGUGGGAAAUGUUCAGAAUGCUCGACUCAAAGGAUCUUGUUCUAAACGCAACAUCUGGCUAGGAGAAUGUGAAGUGUGCAGCAUCAAGUGUUUGUCCUGUCACCUUCUGUGCAAAAUACUCUUGUAAAAUAAAAUAAAUUUAAGGAAAACUA